GCGCCCUCGCCCUCGACCUGGAAACCUGAUAGCAGUGGAGGGGACGGUGUGCUUUGCGAAAAGUGACAACUGCUACAAAAUACAAGUAGAUUUUAGGGUUGUGUUUAAGGAGAGAUGAAGAAGCUAAGAUGGACCAUGGACGGACAAGGUUUUUGGGAGCUGGAUGUUUCAACGCCUACAACACUGGACGGGGCGGCGUCCCCUGUUCCUGCCCACUUACACUUACUUCCAUUGGGAUUAUCCAGAGGCGCCAGACUUUCGAGGGCCAAGCAGAUCGAUUUCAUGCAGCGCUUCAUGGCUGCGCCUUUUGUCCCCUCUUAUGCUCCCUCCCACGGCUUCUCUCUUCAGCGCGUCUUCCCCUUCCCUUUCCCCGGCUCUCCCACUCUUUUAGGUCAGUUCAAUUUGCAGAAGUUUAUCUCCUCUUUUACCAGAUCUGGAGUGAUGCAUCACUCGCCUUCCUCCUUCCUCCAAGCCAUUGGAAGGCACCUCUGCCACCCAUCUUUCUACGCCCUUGGCGUCUCUUCUGAUAUCUCCUUAAAUCCGGACGAUUCGGAUUCCCUGCUCAUCAGCUUUGACGGAUAUGGCGAAAAUGGAAUGCUUCGAACAAAGGCACUACUCCACCACAAGUUUCUUCAUCAUGAUCUAACAAUGGAGGCACUUUCUCCAGGACUUUUUGUGGACGAAUCGGGCAACUACUGGGAUGUACCUUCUUCAUUACUCAUUGAUCUAGGUUCUGCUGCUUUCGACUCAGGUCCAAGUUAUCACUUGUCAAUGCACCACAAUGCCGGCUCUCCCUCACAAUCUGGAACUGAAAAAACCGGUGCGGUUCCUUUCUGUCUACUUCCUGGUUUAUCGCUCAAGGCUGCCUUUUCCUUUAAGCACAACUUCCAAAUCUGGAGAAGCAAUGCCAAGAAGUUAAAGAUGGUGCAACCGUAUGACAUUUUCCUAUCAAAUCCUCAUGUUUCUUUGUCAGGGAUCAUUGGUGCUGUUGCUACUACCUACUUUGGAGACAAUUCAGUUAGAUCAGCCGCACAAGACAGUCUUCAGGAAUUUAAAGGACUUAACAUGCAGACUUCUAAAAUAAGAUCUACUGUUUUAGCGGAUGUAUUUGCUUCCAUUUCUUUUUCAGCUCAGUAUGGGAUGUUUCAAAGGGGAUUUUUGGAUCUUACCCGGUUUUCUGCAAGUAUGGAUUUUCAUUCUGGCUCCAAGUUCAUUUCAGGAGCCAAGCUUCUGAUAGAAGAUCUUUCCAAUUCUGGAAAGCCAAGAACUGAAACAGUGAAAGCCAUUUUGCCUGAUGCUAGAUUUUCCCUUCAGCAGCAGAUCGCUGGACCCAUCAGCUUUAGAGCAGAUUCAAGAGUUACAAUAGAUUUGAAUAAAGCAGGGUGGGGUAUGCAAGUCGAGGAGCCGACAUUUGCCUUGGAGUAUGCGUUGCAGGUCCUUGGAUCAGCUAAAGCCAUCGCUUGGUAUUCACCCAAGCCCAGAGAAUUUAUGGUAGAGCUCCGUUUCUAUGAGAACUGAAGCCAUGGUUCGUUCAUUUUUAUUUCUAAGUGCUGCUGGUGACCAAUGUGGCAAUGCAACUCCUUUCUUUUUUUCUUUUCUUUUUGACACAAUCACAGUCAAAUUUAAGUGUUAACCUCUGCUUCCCCUUUA